CACGGCUGAGUCAGUAUGUGAGAUUUUCACGUGAUUAUUUGUUGUGGUCGUAAGCGGGCGAAGCGCGUCCGCUCAUUUCUGCGUCCGUACACCUUUUGGUCUCAGCAUCAUGUCUAAAAUGCUAAAGCCCAAAGCUCUCACACAAGUGCUCUCCCAGGCAAAUACGAGCGGCGUGCUGUGUACACUAUUACUGAACCGAGAGGGCACCCUGCUGGCGUACUCGGGCUACGCCGACAAGGACGCCAAGAUGACGGCUGCCAUCGCCAGCAGCAUCUGGCUGGCCAACGAGAAGAACGCUCACGCUGCCAUCAGCGAGGGCCAGUUGCGACUGGUCGUCGUCGAAUGCGAGGACGGUCAGGUAGCCAUCACCCAAGUUGCCAACCUCCUGCUCUGUCUCCACGCCAAGACUUCGGUGGGCCAAGGCUUGCUACGUGCCAAAGCGAGGGCGCUGGUGGAGUACCUCGAAGGGCCCCUUCUGCAGGUUGCCGUUUCCUAGGUGAAGACAAAGUACCGUCUACCCGUGUAUAUAUACCUCCUCGCAUCCCCUACUUCUGCAAGGCCGUUCCUCAAUAAAGAGAAGCAUUAGGAUGUUUUUA